UGAUAUUCCUGAACUAAUUUUGUAAUGUCUGUAUUUGUCAUGUGUGGUCCCUGAAGACUUAUGUUAACCUCAUGGUUAGCUAGCAGUUUGUCAGAGAUUUUCCUGAAGGCCUCAAACAAAAAGGAAAAACCCGUGGUCUCUGCAGUUGUGUUCCGUGCGUGUGUAUAGGGACAUACCUUCAAAAUCAGCAGGCAGUUUACAACUCUGCCAUAAUUAUCACUUUCUUUUCUGAGCAUGUGCCCAAUCCUGGCCUUCUUAGAUUCAAAGAAAUGGGAGGGAAACUUUUAAAAAUUCCUCAAAAUAUUUUAUUUCUCACUUUUCCUCCCAAGCUUCUUGGUUAGUCUUUUCUUUCCUGUACUGUUUCAUAGGCCUCAGGCAGUGGUGGCUAAUAUAUUUGCCUUGAAAUGUAUUCAGCACAUGCCCCCUGAGUCCCCAGCACAGCCCUCGGAGAGUUUGAGAUUAGAUAAAUAAAGGCAAGCCCUUUGAGUCAAACCUUCAGAAAGAUCAAAACAAACAACCACAGAACUUUGAGAAUAAGGUCCAUCCUGCUCCCUCUGGUAGUAGGCAUGUGGGCUGUGAUCUUCAAGGUCACAGCCAAAGCAGGGAAUAGAGGAUGAGACAAGGGUUAGUGAAAGUGUCAGCUGGUUGUUCUUGAUUAAACAUUUUCCAAGUUGCUGUAAACUUUUGAUAAGUUUCCAAAGUUCUGAUAAAGUUGAUUCGAAUGGUUUUCCGCACGUUAUUCACUGUUUUUGUAGAGUUAUGGACUUCUGGUUCAGUAUCCCUCAGUUUUCAGUUGUUACUUCUCACCAGUCUUUCUGAAGCACUUCGGAGUCCCUGGGUCCAUGCUGGGUUUAGGAAUACAGUGUAUCCAUCAUACAGUGAUGAAUGAGACAGACGUGGUCCCCACCCUCAUGGAGCUUUCUGCUGAUGCCUUCCCUAUGAACCGAAUAGCUCUUCCUUACCCUGACUUUAUAUUCUCCAUGGUUAAAAGCUUUAGAGCUUCUGAAGUAUGUAUGUAAACUUGGAUAUGGACUUUGGGACUGUUUAUGUCCUGUCACCUGGAUAUUGAGUGUGCUUGAAUUUUGGUUUCUUGGGAGUUAACUAUAUUCAUUACAAUUUAUGUGUAGUUAUUCCACUGCUGCAAAAGUCAUACUUGAUCAUCUUCAGAAUUGUUGGCUCCAGUUUCAUGGGGUUGCUUGUCACCUGUACAGUCACCCGAUAUCAUGUGUCCUUUCUCCAUGCAUAGGGUAUCAUAUUGAUAAAUCCAGUCUGAUCUCCCGUUUGGAGCAAGAAGACAAGGUGACGACAGAGGAGCGAGGAAUUCUUCCAGGCACCUGUCCAGAUUUGGAGACUGUACUUAAAGCCAAAUGGUUAACUCCUAAGAAGCAUGAUUUUAGAAAAGAACAUUCCAAUGGUAUAAAAGCGGAAAGAAAUCAUCUUGGAGUGAAACUCAACGAAUGUAAUCAGUGCUUUAAAGUCUUCAGCACAAAAUCUAAUCUCACUCAGCACAAGAGAAUUCAUACUGGAGAAAAACCCUAUGACUGUAAUCAGUGUGGCAAAUCCUUUAGCAGUAGAUCUUACCUUACUAUUCAUAAGAGAAUACAUAAUGGGGAGAAACCCUAUGAAUGCAAUGACUGUGGGAAAGCCUUCAACGAUCCCUCAUCCCUUAGACUGCACGUGAGAAUUCACACUGGAGAAAAACCCUAUGAAUGUAAUCAGUGUUUUCAUGUUUUUCGCACUAGUUGUAAUCUCAAAAGCCACAAGAGAAUUCAUACGAGAGAGAAUCACCAUGAAUGUAAUCAGUGUGGCAAGGCCUUCAGCACGAGGUCCUCCCUUACUGGGCACAACAGUAUUCAUACAGGGGAGAAACCUUAUGAGUGCCACGAUUGUGGGAAAGCCUUUAGGAAGAGCUCAUACCUGACACAGCAUAUGAGAACUCAUACUGGGGAAAAACCCUAUGAGUGUAAUCAGUGUGGAAAAUCCUUCAGCAGUAGUUUUUCUCUUACUGUGCACAAGAGAAUUCAUACUGGAGAGAAACCCUAUGAAUGCAGUAACUGUGGGAAAGCAUUUAAUAAUCUUUCAGCUGUUAAGAAACACGUGAGAACUCACACUGGAGAAAAACCCUACGAAUGUAAUCAUUGUGGGAAAUCUUUCACCACUAACUCUUACCUUUCUGUGCACAAGAGAAUACAUAAUAGGUGGAUAUGAAUACAAUAACUGGGAAAGCAGUCAUGGAUUUCUUAAUUCUCAGACAACUGAUGGUAACUCACUAGAUGUAUGAGUUACCUGUUGCUCCAUAACAGAUUUCCCUCCAAACCGUAGUGGCUUCAGACAACAUACAUUAAUUAUCUCACAGUUUCUGUAGGUCAGGAAUUUGGAAACGGCUUAGCUGUGCAGUUCUGGCUCAGGAUCUGUCAUGAAGUGAGGUCAAGAUGUCAGCUGGAGCAACACUCAUCUGAGUCUUUACUGCUGAAGAAUCUACUUCCAAAAUGGAUCACUCACAUGUCUGGCAGGUUAAUGCCAGUUGUUGGCAGGGAACCUUCGUUACCUCACUCUCCACAGGGCUAAGUACCUCUAUGAUGUAGCAGCAGGUUCCUCCCAAAGCAUUUGAUCUGUGGGAGAGCUAACGCACAAGCCACAUUUUCUUUUUCGACCUAGCCUCAGAAGGACAUAUUAUCACUCCUUCCAGACUGUGUUGCUCACACCAUGUGGAAAGAAACUACACAGGGUAUGUAUAGUAGGAGACAGAUGGUAAGGAACCAUCUGAGAAGCUUGCCAUUCUCAUUCUUUCUAUCGGUUCUGUAUGAAGGAGCCUUCACUAACGCAUGUUCAUUCACUCUGGAGAGAAACCUCAAGCGUGCAGUCUUUGUGGUAAGCUUUCAAUUCAGACUCACCCUGACGUGCCCAAAAGAUUACUUACGGGGAGAAACCUGAGGAUUGCAGUAGCUGUAGGAAAGCCUUCGUGAUAUUUCUAGGGAGUCACAUGACGGUUCACACUACGGAGAAAACCUUAUGAAUAUCAUCAGAAUGCAAAAGCCUUCAGGGACACCCAUCCCUGAGAGCACACGUAAGAAAUCCCUACAGAGGAAUAGUCAUAGAAAGAAGGUGGAAAGUCCUUCAGCACAAGUGUCCGCAUUACUGAGCAAAAGAUGGGGAGAUAUUCUGAACAACACAAUUACUGUGGGAAAGCCUUGAAUGGUCUCUCAGUCUCUAAGAAGCAUGAGGAUUUAUCCCAGAGAGAAGGUCCUGUUGAGUGUCAUCGGUCCUGGAAAGUCAUUUUUCCACAUUCCUUAGGAAACUGAGCAUUCACUGCAGACACUUGUGAAUAUAAAGACUAGGGGAAUGCCUUGGAUAAUACCUCAUACAUUAGGAAAAAUACGAAGUUUUCUCUGGAUGCAAAACUUGUCAGUGUAUUAAUUUGGAAAAAUCUUGCAGUGAUUCUUUGUUGAUUUGUGAGAACUUACAUUGGAGGCAGACCCUAGAGAAGUAAUCAGUAUGAGGAUGCCUCAGCUCUUUCCUGAGUGGCCACAAAAUAAACUAGAAACCGAAAGAAUAAAUAGUGAGUGUGGGAUUACCUUUAUCAAUGUCUCAUCCUAAGAUUGGGCCACUAGUUCGUUAGUUUUCGGUCUUUUUAUUUUAGUAUAAACACAUCUAUAUAACCGUACCCAAAAAUAAACCUUAAGUUAUGGCCCAUAGUUUCGUAUGUAAUAUGUUUGCUAUAAUUUACUCUUUUAAAAUAUCAGUACGUAGCAUAUCCAGGAAGGCAUUUCUGAAUAUCUCCUGAGUGUAUUUGUUUAUCGUAGUGGAAAUUAGAUUCUAUUUACAAUAUACUUUUUCUAGUUUAAUGGCAUCUUUGUCAGGUAAGUGGAGUUUAUGAUGCUGAUUCUUUUUUAUCUUUCUACCCUAGUAUGGCAUUUUGUCAGCUUCUUUCCCAGUGUCCAUUCUCCCCUACUUAUAUACUUUUUUAAAAUGUUUUUGUUGUUGUUCAAGUUGUCAAUGAGUAGAAUUGAAAAUACUCAAUCUGCAAGCCUUCUUUGAAGCUCAGAGGGCUGUUGCCUUACUCUGCUGACCACGAGAAGUAGGUAGAAGUCCCCGGGGAGAAGAACAGCAUCUGGCUUGUUUGCCUCACCUGUAUCCUGUUUGUCUUACCCAUUCUUUCUCUUGAAAGUGGACUCAAAGCCAAGAGUUGGAAGCACUCUGUUUUGAUCAUGAUGACAGAAACCAUAGUGCAGCAAAAUAUCACAAUGAUAUGGGCUCCCCCAAAACUUCUGAUUGGUGGAAUCAGCUCUGGACUGCUUGUUCCCAGACUUGUCCUAUAUGAUUAGAAGUAACCUCUAACUGGUUGAAGCCAAAGUCAUUUUUUUUUUUUUGGUUUGUUUUUGAGGUGGUGUUCUGUUCAUGUCCAGCUGAAUGCAAUAUCUAACUAGCAAACCUAUUUGUUGGUCACA